AUGUGGGUAUUUCCUUACUCUUUAUUCUUCUUGUACAAUGUUUCUUCUUUCGCAAUUACAUUAAAUGUUUUUGCGGGAAGCCCUGUCUUUGUUCAUUUCGUCUUUAUAAGGAAACGUUCGUACAAUGACACUGUAAGAAGACAGGACCAACCGCUUACAUGUGGCAAAAAACUCGUGCAUGCGGUUGGUCCACUUUCACAAACGUCGGCCUAUGUGGAAGAAAUGGAAAAUACGUUUUAA